AUGUCAACUGAGGACUGGGUCACGGUCACAAGAUAUAUGGAGAUAUUAAAACCGUUGAUGCUGGUCACAAAGAAACUCGAAGGGUAUCCACGGCAGGGCCGCAACGGCCUUAUGUGGGAGGUGUUGCCUUGCUAUGAGAUGACAGAAGCUGAACGAGUAUUAUUCGAAGCUCGACGACACUGA